AUGAAGAACAAUUACUUGGAUGCUAUGACAAUAUGCAAGCAUUUCGGAUUCCCAGACCUUUUCAUCACUUUCACGUGUAAUCCCAAAUGGCCAGAGAUCACCAGAUAUGUGAAAGCGAGGAAGCUAAAGGCAGAAGAUAGAUCAGACAUUAUUUGUAGAAUUUUCAAGAUCAAACUUGAUUCAUUGAUGGAUGCUUUAACCAAGAAGAAUAUUUUGGGAGAGACCAGCGCAUCUAUGUACACAAUUGAGUUCCAGAAGCGUGGUUUACCGCAUGCUCACAUUCUCCUAUUCAUGAAGAAAAUCAAGCAGCCUACAACAGAGGACAUUGACAACAUAAUAUAUGCUGAGAUUCCUAAUAAAAAGGAAGAACCAGAACUUUUUGAGAUCAUUAAGGAUACGAUGAUUCAUGGACCAUGUGGAGCAGCUAAUAUGAAUUCACCAUGCAUGGAGAAUGGCCGUUGCUCUAAGUCAUAUCCUAAAUCAUUUUCUGAGACGACCAUUGCUGUUGAACCCCCAGACCACAUUGUUGCAAGUGAGUUAGGAGAUGUCGAUCUUACUAAGGAAAAUCUUGAGAAGAAAAGGAAUGAACUCAAGGAAUUAUUCGAUUGCAGAUACGUUUCGACAUGUGAAGGAACUUGGAGAGUGUUCAAAUUCCCUAUUCACUAUCGAUCUGUUGCUGUAGAGAAGCUUAGUUUUCAUCUACCCGGAAAGCAAGUUGUUACAUUCAAAGAGAAAGAUAAAUUGAAAACAGUGGUCACCCGGAAGCUCAUUGAAAAUACAAUGUUCUUAGCUUGGUUUGAGUUGUGUAAGAUUGACUCCCUUGCCAGAACGUUGACCUACGCUCAGAUUCCAAACUUCUUCACUUAUGAUAAAAGGUCAAAGAAGUUCAAAAGAAGGAAAAGGGGUUUUGCUCUAGGGAGGAUUAAUUAUGCUCCUCGGACCCAGGAAAAUACUUAUUUCUUGCGUGUAUUAUUGAACAUUGUCAGAGGACCCACCAGUUAUGAUGACAUUAAAACCUAUGAAGGUGUUCUACAUCCGAGCUACAAAGCAGCAUGUUAUGCUCGUGGGUUAUUAGAUGAUGAUCAAGAAUACAUUGAUGACAUACUAAGAAGAAGUUAUGAAAGCACAGCAAGUGAGCUACGAAAUGUUUUUGUUAUGAUGCUUAUGAGUAACACUUUAUCUGAGCCGGAGACUGUAUGGGAACCCACUUGGGAGGUUUUGUCUGAAGAUAUAGAGCACUGCAGGAGAAGAAAUUUCAAUAGACCAGGUCUAUUACUGAGCGAUGACGACAAAAAGAAGUAUCCUUUACUAGAGAUUGAAAAAAUUUUGAGACGUAAUGGUACUUCUCUGUCAAGAUUUGAAUCUAUGCCUAGACUACCAAGGACAAGUAGUGACGAUUCAAAUGUCUUGGUGUUAGACGAGCGUAGCUAUUGUCAUACCUCUUUGUUGGAAACUCUUGACAGAGAUAUUCCAAAGAUGACUUGCGAGCAAAAAUUCAUAUAUGACCAGAUUCUUUCAGCUGUUAAUAAAGGAGAUGGUGGAAUGUUUUUUGUUAGCGGUUUUGGUGGAACUGGGAAAACUUUCCUCUGGAAAUUGCUAUCUGCAGCCAUUAGAUCUCGAGGAGAUAUUGUUCUAAACGUGGCUUCAAGUGGCAUCGCAUCAUUGUUGUUGCAAGGCGGUCGGACAGCUCAUUCAAGAUUCAGUAUUGCUCUAAAUCCAGACGAGUUUUCCUCAUGUACUAUGAAGCAUGGAACUGACCAAUCUAAUUUAGUGAAAGCAUCAUCACUUAUUAUCUGGGAUGAAGCGCCUAUGAUGAGCAAGCAUUGUUUUGAAGCGUUGGACAGAAGUUUAUCUGAUAUUGUGGGAAAGCACGACACACAACCAUUUGGGGGAAAAGUUGUUGUUUUCGGAGGCGAUUUUAGGCAGGUCUUGCCUGUUAUAAAUGGAGCUGGUAGAGCUGAAAUUGUUAUGACCACACUUAACUCUUCAUAUCUAUGGGAUAACUGCAAAGUGCUUAAUUUGACUAAGAAUAUGAGAUUGCUCUCUGGUGGUUUAUCACUUGAAGACUCAAAGGAUCUAAAAGAAUUUUCAGAGUGGAUUUUGAAAGUUGGAGAUGGUAAACUUUCUGAGCCUAAUGAUGGGGAAGCAGAGAUUGAAAUACCCACUGAAUUUCUUAUUACCAAGUCAUAUGAUCCUAUAGAAGCAAUCAGCAAAGCUAUUUAUGGUGAUUCAGCAACAUUGCAUGAAAAAAAAGAGGCCAAGUUUUUCCAAGAGAGAGAGCUAUUCUUUGUCCAACCAAUGGGGAUGUGA